CCGCCAUCGCGAGUACGCGAGCUCCUAUCAGAAAUUCGUUGAGCCGCCCUUGGGGACAAAAAACGGUGAAAGCUAACAUACGAAACCAGCGGGCAGCACAGGAUUCGAUCGCACGAUCCUGCCCGUAGCACGUGUUAUUCAAGGAAUAGGUUACAUUGAACAAAUGUUAUAAUGCCGGCUCAAAUGAAGCAUAAUACUUUAAUUUAUGAAGGUUGCAAUCAUUUAAGAUAUCGCUUGCUACUUUCAACACUAUCUGGCAAGUCUGUUAAAAUCACUGACAUCAGAAGUGACAAUGAUGAUCCAGGACUUAGAGAAUUUGAGAUAAGCUUUGUUCGUUUACUGGAUAAAUUGACUAAUGGCAGCAGAAUUCACAUUAACGCAACGGGUACUGAUUUGCAUUAUAUUCCUGGUCUACUCGUUGGAGACAGCGUGGAACAUGAAUGCAGUACGCAGCGUGGUAUUAGUUACUAUCUUGAAGCAGUCAUGGCGUUGGCUCCGUUUUGUAAAAAGCCUGUUGAAAUUACUCUUAAAGGAGUCACGAAUAAUACACUUGAUCCAUCAAUAGACCGAGUGAAAGCAUCUGGUAUUCCCAUACUGAAAAGAUUUUUACUUGGCGAUGAUGAUAUACAAUUGACAAUCAAGAAGAGGGGAGCGCCUCCGUUAGGUGGCGGAGAAAUUCAUUUCAAAUGUCCAGUUAACAAAGCUCUUAAAAGUGUUCAAUUUCUAGAUAAUGGAAUGGUGUCACGUAUCAGAGGUACAGCGUGCAGCAUACGUGUAUCCCCUGCAAUUGCUAAUAGAAUGGUAGAUUCAGCAAAAGGCAUUGUUUUAAAUUUUAUACCAGAUAUUUAUAUUCAUACCGAUCAAAGUCGAGGAGCAGCAAGUGGAAAGUCUCCAGGUUUUGGAAUAACAUUAACAGCAGAAAGUACGACAGGAGUAUUUCUAAGCGGUGAAGCAUGUUCUCUAUUAAUGACCACAGGAUCAUUACCCUGUGUACCAGAAGACAUUGGCAAGGAAGCCGCUAUGAAGCUUCUUGAUGAGAUUUAUCGAGGUGGUUGUGUAGAUUCUGUAUUCCAAAGUAUGACAGCAUUAUUUAUGGCACUGGGAAAAAAGGAUGUUUGUAAAAUAUGCGUUGGACCUUUAUCGCAAACAAUGAUACAGUUUCUACGUGACUUGAAAGACUUCUUUGGAAUCACAUUUAAAAUAGAAAAUGUUAAAGAAGAUGAUGAUUCUAUCGUUGCUAUCCAGGAUCAAGUGAUUUUAACCUGUGUAGGCAUAGGUUACACGAAUUUGAGUCGACGAACACUGUGAUUAUUGUAUAUUAUGAUGCAAGUAUUAUUUUUACUGUUAAUAAAAUAUGAUUUAUCUUGUAUAAAGGUAUUUUUAUU